AUGGGCGAAGAGUUGCCCGAAGCAUUUAUUGUCAAGUGGAAAAACCUGAACUCUUUUGUGGCUCGGAUCACCAGUACAGACUUCGCCCCAUGGCUCGUUUUCCCUAUCUGGCGACUUACCAUGGUACUCGAAGAGCCCCCCGUGGCAGGCAGUGCAAUGGAAUGGCGGGCAUGGGUAGAGACUGAUUGGAUUAUACGUUGUGUAGCUGUGCUGUUCAAAGAGAUGAAUUCCAUAGAGCAAUUAGAUGGCAGCACAGCUUGUGCAUUUAUGACAGGCCCACCAUGUGAUACCGAAGAGCCGCUGGGUAUGAAACGCUGGAACUUUCUGUUGACACUGGCGACUUGGCAAUUAAUGGCGAGGCUCGCAAUGGGAUAUCAAAUGCUUUGA